AUGUCUAGAUCUGGAGGAGGAGAACUCAGGGCAACCAUUUUUAAUGGUGAAAAUUUCAAUUUCUGGCAAAUCAAAAUGAAAACCAUCUUCCGUUCGCACGAGCUGUGGGAUCUUGUGGAGAAUGGGUACAAAACUCCGAUGAAGGAGGCGGAGGAGCUCACGGUGGCAGAGAGGAAGCUGAUGCGUGAGAACUUGGUGAAGGACGUUAGAGCUCUGGAAUAUGAGCAGAGGCUUGAUAGGCAUGGUGACAAUAGUGUAGAGAAGGCUUUUGCUAGCUUCAACGUUGGAUCAAAGGCAGCACGGUCUAAUGGUCACACCAGUAAGUCUCAGAAGAAUGCCAAACCACACGGGCAGCAAUGGGGCAACAAGGGUGAUGGAGGUAAUAAAUCUAAUUCCUUUGUGAAAAAUGAGACAUACAACAUUGGAAAUAAAUGCAAAUUCUGUGAUAAAUUGCACUAUGGAGAGUGUUGGUUUAAGAACAAGGUCAAGUGUCACAAGUGUAACAAAAUUGGGCAUAUUGCAAAAUAUUGUCAUACAAACAAGGCUGUGCAGCAGGUGAACUUUGCUAAUCAGGUUGAAAAAACUGGAAACUUAUUCUUUGCUAAUCAUUCUGGAGAAGUAAAGAAGAUGAGUGAUGAAUGGUACAUAGAUAGUGGAUGUAGCAAUCAUAUGAAAUCCAGGGAAGACUUGCUUGUAGACAUUGACAGAGGAGUGAAAGCAAAGGUUCAAGUAGGCAAUGGAGUUUUGGUUGAAGUGGUAGGAAAAGGGACACUGAUCAUUAAAACAAUGAAGGGUAAAAGGUAUAUAAAUGAGGUUAUGCUUGUACCUAGUCUAGCUGAAAAUUUGCUAAGUGUAGGACAGAUGACAGAGCAUGGCUAUUUUCUUGUAUAUGGAGAUCACAAGGUUGACAUCUUCGAUGAUAGUUCCUUAAGUAACAUGGUCAGCCAAGCAAUGGUAUUGGGGCAGCCUGAAAUCCAAAAUGGUGAAGUGUUGUGCCACGUUUAUGUAUUCGGGAAGGGUCACAGGGAGCCAUUUCCUAAGGAAUCAAAGUGGAGAGCCAAGGAACCACUAAAACUGAUUCAUUUAGACUUGUGUGGUCCAAUGCAAACAGCAAGCCUAGGUGGAAAUAAAUAUUUUAUCACAUUCAUAGAUGAUUUUUCAAGAAUGUGCUGGGUUUAUUUUCUGAGAAACAAGUUCGAGACAUUCCAUGUGUUCAAGAAAUUCGAAGUAAUGAUGGAGCUUCAAUCCGGAUACCAUGUGAAGAGGUUGAGGACUGAUCGGGGAGGAGAAUUCUUCUCAGCUGAUUUUCUUCAAACCAUUGUAGAAAUGGCAAAGUGCAUGAUUCAUGACAAGGAGCUUCCCUACACGCUUUGGUGUGAGGCAGUGAAUACCUCUGUGUAUUUACUUAAUAGAAGUCCAACCCGAGCUUUGGAGAAUACUACACAUUUUGAGAAGUUUAGUGGGAGAAAGCCUGGAGUUAAACAUCUCAAGGUGUUUUGCUCGGUGUGUUACUCACUUAUUCCUAGAAAGUUAAGGCAUAAGCUAGAAGCAACAAGUGUCAUAGGAGUUUUUAUUGGAUAUGAUGAUCCCUCGGUUGAUGACACACCUUUGAGGUACAGAAAUCUGAGUGAGAUCUAUGCAAGUUGCCAUUCAUGCAUAGUGGAGCUUGAGAACUUUGAUGAAGCUGCAAAGGAUGAAGCUUGGAAGAAGGCAAUGGAAAAUGAGAUGAACAUGAUUGAGAAGAAUCAGACACUAGUUGCAAAGGGAUAUGCACAAAAGGCCGGAAUAGAUUAUAAUGAAACCUUUGCACCAGUGGCAAGGUUGGAUACUAUACGAACUCUCAUUGCAUUGGCUGCAAAGAAUAGUUGGAAAAUGUAUCAAUUAGAUGUGAAAUCAGCUUUUCUGAAUGGAGUGCUUCAAGAUGAGGUGUAUGUAGAGCAGCCCGAUGGUUUUAUUGUGCAAGGAGAAGAGGAUAAAGUGUAUAAAUUGCACAAAGCCUUGUAUGACUUGAAACAGGCUCCUAGAGCCUGGUAUGGAGAAAUAGACUCUUAUCCCGUGCAAUGUGGUUUUAAAAGGAGCACAAGUGAGGCAACAUUAUAUGUUAAAGGCAGGGGAACCUCGAAUCUGAGGUAUGAGAUGACAGAUUUGGGUUUGCUACAUCACUUUCUAGGAAUGGGAAUUAUCCAAAGUGAAGACUACAUUUUCAUACACCAGAAGAAAUAUGCUUCCACACUUUUGAAAAGGUUUGGUCUGCAGGAUUGUAAACCGGUUGGUAUUCCUCUUGUAUCAGCUGAUAAAUUGAAGAGAGAUGAUGAAAGUGGAGCUGCAAAUGAAGUUGAAUACAGAAAACUAGUGGGAAGUCUACUCUACCUCACUGCAACUAGACCGGAUAUAAUGUAUGCUACUUGUCUGUUGGCUAGAUUUAUGCAUUCUCCCACAAAUAAACAUUAUGGAACUGCCAAGAGGAAAGGAGAAGGAUCGGUUUUGGUAGGCUUUUAUGACAAUGACUGGUUUGGAUCAGAAGAUGAUAUGAAGAGUACAUCGGGAUAUGCUUUUACAUUCGGUAGUGGAGUAUUCUCUUGGGCAUCUGUGAAGCAACAAUGUGUUGCUCUAUCUACAGCUGAAGCAGAAUAUGUGAGUGCAUCAAAGGCAACUGCACAAGCUACUUGGUUACGGUUUGUGUUAGAAGAUUUUGGUGAAAUGCAGACUAUGGCAACACCCCUAAACUAUGAUAGCACCUCAGCCAUUGCUAUCUCCAAAAAUCUGAUCUUUCAUCAGAAAACCAAACACAUAAACCGGAGGUAUCACUACAUCAAAGAAGCUCUACAACAGGGUGUAAUCAACUUGAUUCAUUGUCCUACAAAGGAGCAAGUAGCUGACAUCUUCACUAAGGCUUUGGCAAGAGAAUAA